AUGGGAUACAGUCUAUGGAAAGAAGAAACUGAAUGCCUCGAGUGGCUAAACACCAAGGCACCAAACUCAGUUGUCUAUGUGAAUUUCGGCAGUAUAGCAGUCGUGACACCAGAACAGCUUGUGGAGUUUGGGUGGGGACUUGCAAAUAGCAAGCUUCCAUUCUUUUGGGUAAUUAGACCUGAUCUAGUUAUUGGAGAAUCCGCUAUUUUGCCGCCUGAGUUUGUGGCUGAAACAAAGGAAAGAAGUCUAAUAGCUGGGUGGUGCCCACAAGAGCAAGUCCUUAACCACCCCUCAGUUGGAGGAUUUUUAACUCACAGCGGUUGGAAUUCAACGGUUGAGAGCCUUACUGCAGGAGUUCCUAUGCUCUGUUGGCCAUUCUUCGGAGACCAGCAAAUGGACUGUCGCUAUACUUGCAAUGAAUGGGGCAUUGGCAUGGAGAUUAGUAAUGAUGUGAAGAGGGAUGAGGUAGAGAAGCUUGUCAAAGAGUUAAUGGAGGGAGAGAAGGGUAAGAAGAUGAAAAAUAAGGUGAUGGAGUGGAAGAAACUUGCAGAAGAAGCUACUGGUCCACAUGGUUCUUCAUCCACAAACUUAGACAAUUUAGUGAAUCAAGUGCUAUUGAGAAAAAGUUAA